UCAGCUGACAGACUCCAAUGGAGGUGCAGCCACGCUACGACGAGGACACGCGCUGCAUUUAUUACAAAUUCACGUGUUCCUGUUGAUACACAAGUGUCUAUCACCCCCAAAGUACCAAAAAUAUUCACUCAUACCGUGUAGAAACGAAACUCAUUAAAACUCUCCAAGUCCCAAUUGGAGAAUAAUUGUUUAUUGCGAUUGCAUCUGUUAGUGCAUUUGUGCAAGUGAUUAUUAUUUGUUUAUAAACAUAAAUCAGUGCUUCUGGGUUUUGAUACGUGUGAAUAUAAACGACGGAUCCAUUGGAUAAUUAAUCCUCCGAGUAAUACGUUAUAAAUAAAUAGAUGAACUCGAGGAGAAAAUAAAAAAGGAAAUUUGCAUCUUGAAAUUUGAAAAUCAAAAAUGGAAAUCUACACAUUUGACAAAAGCCUUCAAGAGCGUCUGGUGGAGCUGGAGGAGAUUUUAUCAGGUCGUGGAACAGUGGUGCCAGCAUCGAGGAUAAGACACGAGUGGACCUUCCACGUGGAAUUGGUGAUUGAGCCAGUGGGUUGGCAGGCUCUCUGGAAAAUUCCUCGUCUGACCUGCCAGGAGUUCGAAAUUCAUUACCCAACGAUCGUAUUGGUCCAGGUGGAGAAUGUGGAGUGCUCCGAUCUCUCAGCACUGGUGAAAAUCGUAGCCGUCCAGGAUGAGAUUCAUCUGCCAGAUAAGUGUGAUGUAUCCCUGAUGGAGUUGUAUCCAACAAAAGACCAGGAGAAUUCGGCAAUUGAUGCCGAGGGUACAGCCAACUGCAUCGAUCAGUUGAGAUAUUUUUUCAAUCAUCUCUGGAUGCCCUGGGAUGCAGACGACGACGAUACCUCUGAUUGGGUGACGAGCCACCUGGAGACCAGGGUGAGACUGUUUUUCGAUAUGAAGAGGGGAGACGUCAAUAAGGACACCUGCGAUAUUAUCAGGACCCUCAUCAGGGAGGGUAAGGAGAUAUCAGGGAAGAUUUCCAGGCUGGAGGAGGAUAUCUCUGAUGAGGAGGGUGAAACCAGGUGUCUCGUCGACGAGGACAAGGCUUGUCAGCUCGUUAAACUGCACUUCAGGCUCCAGCAGAUUAAAACUGAAAUGGAUGUGCUUGAGAAUCCGGCUAUGAGGGACAUGCUACAGCGAAAUCCUCACUCUGGCAUUAAUUCGGGGGAAGUGAAGAGGAGGGAGAGCAGGGGACCAAGGGUUGAGGCGUAUUUUGUGUGGCUGGGAGGAGAAUUGGGGGAGACUAUGGGGAGUCUCCAGAAGGCCAAGGAAUUUCUGCCUGAGGGGGUCUUCAUUAAAACCACUGGAUGUAUGCAGGAGGCACUUCACAGCUCGGAAAUGGGGGAUAGGGUCAUCCUGGGUGAGGGAGAGCAUUUGAUAUCUGGGGCAGGAGGCCUCGAGGAGGGUGGAAUGAUCGUGGGCAUCGGCGACAGGAAGAGGAUUAUUGUCUGUGCCAAGGACAGCACAUCUGGACCUUCUAUACUCGAUUUCUCUGGGGGAGAGGUCGUUCUUCAGAAUUUAACACUCGAUUUGGGUGAACUGCAGGCAGGAAUAUUAGUACGCAAAGGCACAGUGAAGAUAAUUGACUGCAGAAUAAUAACAUCGAAUCAGAGUGUUGUAAAACUUGGAAUAGUCGUUCUCCCAGGGGGAAGACUCAUUCUCCAGAAUUCUUCUUUCGUCGGGCUUGGGACUGCUGUUGUUAUUCACAACGCUGGACAAUGCCAGAUGGAAAAUUGUGACUUCGAGGACUGCAUUGAGGGGUUACAGGUUCAGGAUGGAGUCGACUUUCAGGCGAUUCGCUGCAGAUUUACGAAUUUCAAGGAGUACGCUAUUCGAAUGGAGACUGAUAAAUAUAUUUCUGGUACCGAGAGCAAGACUGGAAGCUGUGAGAUCGUGAAAGACGUCGCCGAGAUCACCCUCGAGGCGUGUAUUUUUGCAAAUAAUCUCAAGGGAGACGUUGCAAUACGACCCCGACUCUCUGUCGCCCUCUCAGCUAAACACGACAAUGGGAUGGACAUCGUCCCCUGAGCUCCUCAUUUUCGUUACUUUGGGGACAUUAAAAUAGUGAUUUUACUGGUUUAACUAAAAAUUUAAUAUUUUUAUAUCUAUUAGAUAAUAAAGGA